UUGCUGUAUUUUAGGGCCUGCACAAUGUUAGCCAAUCAUAACAGUCGACGUUUACGUGCGUUUACAUGGAAGUUUAAAGGAUGCGCUCAGGCCAAAACUGAGCGUUUUAGACACAGGGCCUGAGAUAGGGUGGAAAAUUAUAAUAUAUUAUUAAAUUUUGACUGUUUGAAAAAAAACUUUACUAACAUUAUCAGUGGACCACAGGGAAGAUAAUACAAUUAUGUCAAGAGUAUGUCAUGACCCCUUUAACCCUCUAGGGUCUUCGGACGCACCGGUGCAUCCUGCUGGAUUUUUUCCUCAUAACAGCGGAAACAACUUAAAAUACUCCAUCAUUUUUGGGCAUACAGAUAAGAGUAAGACACCAUUAGAGUCUAUAAAGGGUCUACUUUUAUUUGUGUACACUCACAAUAACAACAAAACCUUGUGCUUUUGUAAAAUAAAGAAAAUAAACAGGGUGCGCUUUCAGCCAUCUCUGUCUCCACGAGCAUCUUUCUGAAACACGUCAAAAAAAUGAACUGAAACUCCACGAAUAUUUAUCACACAAACAUGAAUCAUAUGUCUAAAGAAAUCUUAAAAUGACUACUUUUAAAUAAAAGAAUUCAAAUUUAAAACAAAUAUUCUCCUGCAAUGUAAUCUGUAUGAAACAAAGUGAUGUACAGUUUCUCCGGGCUCAGCUAAUUAUCCCUAAUGAGAUCACACCCACCAGUAGAGUGCGCUAUUCAUACGGUAAUGUGCUGAGGCGAUCAAUGCAAAUGGAAACGCCCCCAACAGUGCCUUAAAAAGCAUCAAGUUCAUCAUCAGAUUCAUUCACCUGCGCGUUUGGAAGAUGGCAUGCUACACAGGUGAGGAAGCUCCUGGAUAGUGACGAAGAGUUCACAUUUUCCUCAGAAGAAGAGCGGGACUCCGAUGAUGAACGUUUGAUGAGCGACUUGAUCCAGCCGAGGAUACAAUUUCGGAUGACUCUGCAGCAGGCAUCAUGACCACAGCUAGGUACCGACCCACCUGGGAUUUGGCCCUGGACCCGCUGGUGUCCUGUAAACUGUGCCUGGGAGAGUUUCCCUUGGAGCAAAUGACCACCAUCACCCAGUGCCAAUGCGUCUUCUGCACCCUGUGCCUGAAGCAGUAUGUGGAACUUCUAAUCAAAGACGGCUUUGAAACUGUGAUCAGCUGUCCUGAUUCUGCCUGCCCAAAACGAGGACAUUUACAAGAAAAUGAGAUUGAAUGCAUGGUGGCCACAGAGAUAAUGCAGAGAUACAGGAAGCUGCAGUUUGAGAAGGAGGUGUUGCUGGACCCGCGCCGGACCUGGUGCCCGUCCUCCACGUGCCAGGCUGUGUGCCAGCUGAAAGAGUCUGACACGGGGCUUCCGCAGUUGGUGCGCUGCAGUGUUUGCACACACGAGUUCUGUUCUGCCUGCAAGGCCAGCUGGCACCCAGAGCAAGACUGCCAGGAGAACGUUCCCAUCACCUCUUUUCUACCUGGAGAGAGCAGUUUUUUUUUUAAGGCUGGUGAUGACGACGCCCCAAUCAAACGCUGUCCCAAAUGUAAAGUCUACAUAGAGAGAGACGAGGGCUGUGCCCAGAUGAUGUGCAAGAACUGCAAGCACGCGUUCUGCUGGUACUGCCUGGAGUCCUUGGACGACGACUUCCUCCUGAUCCAUUACGACAAAGGACCCUGCCGCAACAAAUUAGGCCACUCCAGAGCCUCUGUGAUCUGGCACAGAACGCAGGUUGUUGGAAUCUUUGCUGGUUUCGGACUGCUCUUACUUGUAGCCUCUCCGUUCCUUCUGCUAGCCACGCCAUUUGUGCUGUGCUGUAAGUGCAAAUGCAGUAAAGGCGAUGACGACCCUUUACCAACCUAACAGCCUGCAGCAAGCAGUCGCUGUUGGAGGAAUUCCGGUCAUCUCCUUUAAUCGUUUUUCUUUUCCUCCUCCACCUUUGAGCUUUCAUCAAUCGGUGGGACUUGCAUUUGAAGCCACAACGCAAGCCAUCUCACGCCAUGGUUACUGUCACAGCUAACUGAUGUAGGCUACUUCAAGGCAGGCCUGACGAGAAUAAAGGAGACCUCAUGAGCCUGCUGCUUGCUUAGGUGGAGGAUUUGAGAGGUGGGGUUACUUACUGCCCCUUCCAUAGUAACACAAGAGAUGUUACUAAAGGAGCCCAGCGCUGUUGCAUUCAAGCGCUUGUCUUAUUUUAUGGAUGUUUUCCAGAUGUAUUCAGUCUGUUCGUCUGUCGGUCUCUGUGUGCAUGGUAGCAUUUCGGUCACACGGCUCACUCUUUAUCACUUGUAUUGCACGGAGAAGGGAGUUUUCUGUCACUUUAAAUUCUUCAGAAUUUCAUUUUUUUCUCAAAUGAGCAGCAAGAAUACUACUUACAUUUUAAUUCAGAGAUAAAUUUCACAUUCAAGACUUUAUUUUAUGGCACGUCUUUGUUUUUCUGUAUUUGUCGAGAUAUCUUUCAAACUUAACCAACAGACAAACCAACAGUAAAUUGACUGCAGAUUUUGGUUGCUGAUGUCAUCAGGGUUACACAGAUGAUGUUUGCCUUUGGAAUUUCUCCCUGUGUACUUAAACACAAUUUGUUUGCUUUGAGACAUCACUGGAAUAAUAUUACCGCUUUAAAUCCAUGGAGAUCAAAGCAGGACUGCUCUGUGAGUUUAAAAUGUUAAAUACUGAAUUAUUGAGUUGCUCAAACAAACCCUUAACCUAAUCCGAACAUGAGAUACAAGAUUACAAUCAUCUAAGUGCAAACUGUCAGAAUACUGAAACCAAAUGACAACAUUCUUAAGGCCCUUUUUUAACCCUUACUAAAUGUAAGUGCUGUAAAAGCACUGCAUUAUAGAAACUUUAAUGGCACUCAUCUAAGUCUGCAGUAUGUCUGAAGUUCAAAAUAAACUGUUAGUCCCUUUUUUCCACAGUAAAUGUGAUCAUGUCUGAGAAUUAUAUGGUGAUUUACUAAACGGCCUGUCUUGUGUAUUUUGUCAGAUAGUUUGAAACUUGCAUUAAGUUUGUAUUCCUAGCAACAAUAUACAAAUUUGGAACAGUCACUGUAAUUCUGGCAGGGAUUAUACACAGAUUUCAAGACUGUGUGUCUUAAACAUAUUCACAAGUCCAGCACUUUAUCUAUGCAAGUUCAUACAACUUGAAGAUAAAAUAUAUAUAUAUAUAUAUAUAUAUAUAUAUAUAUAUAUGGCUUCUGAUGUCUUGGAUUGAAAGGUAGGGGUUUCUAUGGGCAAGUUUGUGUCUCUUGUUCAAAACAGAGUUUAUCAGCUUCUGAAAUGCCAUUGUGGUAAUGUUGAGUAUUGACAAAUAGUUUUAAAAUGAGAUUUCUUUGCUUAAGGGGGCUGAUUUUAAAAUAGAGUUAUGAUGCUAUUUGAAUGUUAAGAUCUUGCCUGCACUUCUGUAAAUAGCGAGUAUAUAAUCAAAAGCUAUUGUUCCAUCGAUCAUUUGUUACUCAGAAAUAUUCAAAUCAGAGCAUCUGCAUCCGCCAUAUGUGUAGCUGGAUAAUAUGUAGCUCAUUAGAUUUCUUCAGAAUUGUCUGUGUGAUUCCCUCAUCUACCAUUUCUCAUGUGCCAUAUUUGAGGUUGACAUGACGAAGUGAUUGUCUUUUCUUUACAAGAAAAUUUUGUGCCCCUCUGAAAUUCACAGUAUUCACAAAGUUGAUUACUGGUAAAUAUUUUUAUGUUGGUCACCUCCAUCAUUUGGUAGCAACCUGAAUUUUCAUGUUUUCAGCCUUAAAUUUUUGAGUACCUCAGUUUUUCUUCUGUAUCCAAUAUAUAUAUAUAUAUAUAUAUAUAUAUAUAUAUAUAUAUAUAUAUAUAUAUAUAUAUAUAUAUAUAGAGAUAGAUAUAGAUAGAUAGAUAGAUAGAUAGAUAGAUAGAUUCAUCCUCAGGUCCUCCUAGAUAAAUAAUGGUACUUUUAAACUUAUGUGAUGUUCAGAGAUAUAGAACUUUGGACUUAUAUACAUACAUAAAGUACAUUUAAACAAAUUUUACAUGAAAUGGCCAAUUUGUAGAUUAAUAUUAUUGUUAUACAUUAUAUUUUUAUUUUUUAAUAACAACAAUAAUAAUAUUAUAAGAUAUAAGAAUAAGAUGUUCUUUCAACAAAAUAAGAAUGAUUAGUUCCAGUCUGUAUAAAAUUCUGAUCACGUUGCUCCUUUUGCAGGCUUAGAUAGCCGAAUUAAAGUUUUGGAAACCAACACUGAAUGAUUUUUCAUUGUUAGUGUCCUGCCAAUGUUUUUUAUUUUGUUCUUUGUUUUACUUUUUGUGGUUAAUCUAUAUAAUUUCCGAAUUUGAAAUCAUAACAAAUAAUACUCGAAUGAUAGUCGAAAGUAAAGCAUCAUUGCGAUUUAUGAAUAGCACACAAGUUACUUUAAACCUAAUUAUGGUUAUCUUAUUCAACAUUUGGCCAUUUCAUGUGGAACAAUCUAAUGUAUUGCAUUGGUAUAUGUAUAUAUAUUGACAAUCGUGCCAAGUGGAUUUUUUAAGACAAUGAUGAGGGAACUCUUUUUGAUAGAGUGAGUAAAUAUGAACUUGAAGUAAAUCUUUGAUGUUGUAUGGGCUAUAUUAUUGCAGCUUAUUUUGUGUCAUUUAUGGCAUAUGUAAAUGUUUGUUUCAUUGCUAAAUGUGAGACUCUUUUUUGUUGUAUACAGUACAUUGUUUUGUGAAAUAUUAGCUGUGUUAUGCACUUUCAGAAAAAAAGGUACCAAUUAAGGUAUAAGGACCGGCCUAUCACUGGGGUGGUACCCACAAGGGGACAUAUUUCUACCUAUUGUUGAAAUUUAUAGCUCAUUUUGGGUACAUAAUUGUACCCUAAGGACCUUUUGUGUACCUUUAAAGGUAAAAAUAUACUUUUUUAUCUCCUGAAGGGUAAAAAUAUGUGCCCAAAACAAGGGUACCGCAUCCAGUACUGUACCUUUAACAGUACCUUUUUUCAGAGUGUAUACUAGUAUUAUUUCAGGGUUAUAGACCUUAUUCACGCUAGUGCCGUUUUUGAUUUUUAAUGGGAAUGACAACGAGGCUGUGAGGGACAGACACCGUCUCUUCAAUGGGCUGUACUGCAGUUUAAAGUGUUUUUAGAUUGUUCCGCAGACAAAUCAUUGAUAAAAUAUCUGUCCAAGAACAUUCAGUAGACAAAAAAAAAUCCAGACAACAUGAGUUGUGGGAAAUCAGAUGUGAUCUAGGAGCUUUUUACAGCUUUAUACCGUUCGUGCCAUUGAAGAGAUGGUAAGUCUGUCCCUCACAGCCUUGUUGUCAUUCCCAUUCAAAAUCAAAGAUGCCGCUAACGUGAAUAAGGUCUUGAAUUAGCACUUUGGUAGCUCACUUAGUGCUUAUUUUGUUCUCUCUGUUGGGGGAAGUGUAGCGCCAUGUUCCCAUGUAAAAUGCUGUUUGUUUCGGCAUAUUAGAAAUAAUUGUGGCUGUACAGGAAACUGGGAAAUGCUCCUUGACCUAAACUACACAUCUUAAAAAUAGCCAAAAUUUUUAUUGUUCCUGUUUGUAAAAAUUUGCUUGUUGCACAAAACUAUUUUUUCUCUGAUUAAACUGCUUUGAACUCUAACAAUUUGGAGAUAUUUUGACAUUUAAAACACAUGUCUUUCUUUUCUUUCUUUUUUUUCCCACCACAGCCGUCUGUUUGUAUUGUCUGUCUUUUCAUUAAGCUAUUCCAAUUAUUCAUCAUUAUGACUUAUAUGGAUGUUUUUCACCAUGUUAAUAUAAUGACCUGGCAGUGACCCUUUAUCAUUGCUCCUAAAACUGGUUUUGCCUUUCACUCUUCCUUAGAUGGCCUUUUAAUGUUUCAUCAGUUUGUUUUUGAUACAUAAUAAAAAGAUUAUGCAUUUUAUUCUUUGUAAAGCCAAAUUCCACUUGUACAGUUGUAACCUUGUAAAUGUGCAUGUAUGUGAAGUCUUUAGAGUAAAAAAAAAAUACAACUUUAA